CAGCCAUCUGAACCACGUGUCCUGCGCCACUCAUUUCGACUGUACCAUUUUCGUCGACCACAUCGUUGCUUUGUGUGCAAACAGCUUGUCUACAACCAGGGAUCAGCUUGCCAAGGUGAGAACCUCGAAGGGUAUUGUGCUUAGGUGUACCAUUAUUUGACACACGUCUUGCUAAGUAAGGCACAUUUCUUGCUAAGUAUGGCACACGUCCUUCUAAGUAGGGCACACGUCUUGCUAAGUAGGGCAUCCGUCUUUCUGUGUAGGGCACAUGUCUCGCUGAGUAGGGCACAUAUCUUGUUUAGUUGGACACGUGUCUUGUUAAGUAGGGCACUUGUCUUGCUAAUUAGGGAACACGUCUGGCUAAGUAAGGCACAUGUCUUACUGAGUAGGGCACAUGACUCGCUGAGUAAGUGUAAUGUCAAGCUCAGUCUUGCUGAAUUCGAACAAGAAAUUGUUAUGAAAUGGCUUUUUUUUAUCGAAACGUAUAUUCAAUGUAAACAUUUAGUUAACAUUGAAGUGUCGCAUUCUUUAUAUAUAUAUAUAUAUAUAUAUAUAUAUAUAUAUAUAUAUAUAUAUAUACUAAACGAUAGAAUAGUUUAACUGUAUGAUCAACCAAAAAAACCAUCAAAACCAGUUGUAUAUUUAAGUAGAUUUUGUUACCGUCUGACACAAAUCACAUCAUUUUUUUUACACUAGUAAACAAAAAAAAAAUUAUAAAUUUUAACAUUUACUAUAAACUGUUAUAGUUCUUUACUCCUACUACUUUACAUCUCGAAAUGAAAUCACGUGAAUAAGAAUAUAAAGAAUACAUGCUAUUUUGUAAACCUAUAGUAUACCUCGUAGAAUCUCAUCCCUGAUGAAAAGCUUAGCGUUGUCAAGUGUUGCUAACUGUAGCUCUUUCUGUCCAACAGUGUGUCGGUACAUCUGUCACAGGAAAUGUGAGCUUCAGGUA